AUGGUUAUGGCUUCGUCGAGUGCGCUGAGACCAAGUCCUCCUAUUCGCGAGAUGUGUACCUGGACAAGACGCAGAUGCGCGAGAAUUCUGCGUGGCAAUGGGGUCUUAUUCACAGCCUUCGCGCAGAACGUGAACUGGGAGCCUGUCCCGAUAAUGAGCGGCAGUCCAUCGACUGUGCCCGCUUGGAAGAGGACCUACAACGAGAAGACGGUUGAUCAGCUGAAGCGCUUGCUUAAGCUGCUGUAUGAGAAGAACCCAGAAACGGCCAUCGUCUCCGCCAUCGAUUUGCAAGGUGGUUCCAGUGGCCCGGGCUCAGCGGCCCAGCCAGCCCCAGAGGCACCGCCAGAUGCCGACGUGGACUACGUCUUCUUUGUGCUGGAUCGUCUGGAGAACAAGGAGGAGGUCCUGGGAGCUAUCAAGGACUUCGUGAAAAUGCUCUUCAUCCUCAUGCUCUCCCGAAUGCUGAGGGUGCAGCCGUCCAUGGUACGGGUGGAACAGCUGGUGGAGUGGUACGAGGCUUUGGCGCGAGCGAUUCAAACGAACAGCGAGCCCGUGAAGCAGCAUUUUCAGGAUGUCGUGAAGCAGAUCAAUACCCACAUUCAGAAUGCUGCGAAAGACAACGACAACCUGCAGGACGAGGAAAUCCGGGGACGGCUUUUCAGAGCCUUCACCGCACUGAAGGAGAAAGCCCAAAUCCGCUGA